AAGUCUCCAUUCACCUUUGUGUCCAUCAGCCUUUAUUGGUCUGCCUGGAUCGAGUAAGGAUCUUGUUUUAGAUUGAAUUGGUUUAGGUUCGCCAGCUAGCCACAGAUCCUUAAGUCACAAACUGUUUAAAUUUAGAUUAUAAUAUUCACCAGUCAACUCAAACUGUGGUGGUCAUUUUGCGAUAGAAUCCUGACCGUGCCAGUUGCUUAAACAAGGUAGUUAGCUUGCGUGAAUCUUUCAACAGAAGUUCGCGCCAACUAGCUGAAUACAUAGUUGUCUUUUCUUGCUAGGUGACGUUCUUACAUUUUUGUUCUGUUGGCGGCUGGAAUCUCCAGUGAGCGCACGAGGACAAACAGCUGAGUCGUCCACUGACUUUAUUAGCAUUAGCAAGCCAGCUAACGUGGAGAGCUAGCAUGUUAGCUGUCUGCUCACGAAACCGGAGCACGAUCGACCUCCUUAAAUAUGACACAGUGCCAACGCAUUUUUAUCAAGGUCAGGAAUCUGUGGCCGUUGAAUCGCGCUACUCUACCGAUACUCCAUACCUACUACAUCAGGAAAUGGAACGCAACGUAGUCGCCGUGUGACCGCCGCCGUCGCUGCGUGUGGUGCAGUCCGGGCACAUUUGUCACCAACCUUAGUGGCAGCCAUUUUACACUGACGUGGAUAAGUUACAUUGCGCUGUUUGAUGUGAUCUGAGCUAAAGGCUGAAAUAUCUCCACUGUCGACACCAUCAUCAAUAAAAAUGUGGUAAUUUCCUAAAGCAAAUUUUCAUUCAAAGUAAAAAAUCCAAAUUUUUACGUCCCAAUCUUCAAAUUUUUUAGUCGCUAAGUUCACGCCAGGGCAAUUUUUGUGAUCCUGUAAUUAUAAAAAAAAAAGUGGCUUGAAAUUGUGUUAAUUGUACAAAAUGUAAAAAAAAAUCCAUAAAACCACAAUCAUCUUUACAGGAAACGGAGAGGACGAUCAAAGAUGUCCAGUGCUUCUUUCUGUGUUUUUGUUUUUACAGGAGUUUUUUAUUAUCUGUACUGUAUCUUUAACAUUUCAUUUCUAUGAAUUUGUGGGUGUGUGUGUUUAAAAGAUAAGAGUUUUGUGAAUGACAAUAUUUUUUCGACAUUCCGUUGAGCACUGGGAGCUAACUGGGCUUAAAGUGGUUCACCAGAGUUCAUGUGCCUCGACGAGGGGGAGGAGCAGAACGUGCAGGACGUUGAGGAAACCACUGAACUCAAUCUCCCAGAGUGCUUUGCUGCAGUGAGCCCUGUGCGUUUCGUUCUGGUCGCAGUUCGAGCGCGAGACGCCUCUUUGAGUUUGACCGUGUAGUGUAAGAAGUGAUCUGUAAUAUCUCAGUGUGUGAAUGCAGAUGAGGUGUGGUGAUAUUUGUUAUUGAUAAUUGAUUAUCUAUUAGAAUUUAUUCUAGCUAUUUUUCUCUUGAUUAGUUCUGUUCUGGAAAGGUGCUGGGUUUGUUUUUCUGUUUUCUUCCGACAGGAGUCUCUCGUCCUCACUGUCUGAUCCUCUGUCUCGUCUCCAGUAUUGUUUCAGACAUAUAUAUAUUGUACAUAGGCUAGUAGCUGUGUAUAUUAAUAUAUUGGGAGUCGGGAACUUUGCGUUCUGUCGCCCCAAGUCACUUUCACUCUGUACCCUCUCAUGUCUCUGUUUGAUUUUCUUAUAAUAAACAGUAAAAAAAAUUGUCAAACUGAAAAGACAAAACUGUGUCUUAUUAAGAAGAAUUUCCUCUUUGAUUUUUUUUUUUAUUAGAUCUGUUGAUGUAGGACACUUUCACUUAUCCCAGCUCCUGUGGCUCCAUCGUCAUGUACCUGACGUCAGAUCAGUUAUUCCUUAAAGUUUCCGGAGAUAUAAAAUAUGUCAGACAGAUUUUUGUAAAAGAAUGUGUAUUUCCAUCUGAUGAAGUGCCUCAACAACAUGCUGAAUGUCUCGGACAAGUUACUGACGUCACGAUCCGCCGGGGUCGCAAACUCUUGCGAACUCCGAAAAGACUUUUGGUUUUUCUUUAUGUCAUUCCCUGAUUUAUGUGUGUGAUUUUUCUGUCCACUUCCUGUUUCACCUGUUUCUCUUGUCGGUCUCUUUUAGGUUUUCUUGUGUUUCCCGUCCUCGUGAUUAUCUGCUCUUGUCCCUAAUGUCGGUGAUUCACCUUUGUCCCAUCGUCUCCGCCUCCCUCGUGUAUUUACAGGCGCUGUGCUUAAUGAAAACUGUGUUCAGUUAUGAACUGAAUGAAACAGUCCGUUCCAGCUGUUGUAACUGUUGCAAUCCACUCCAGUUCUGUCUGUGCAGGGUACAGAACAUAUAACCAGCAGAGGGCAGCAGUGGUGCAGAGCGCUCCCCUCACGGACUCCUGUAGCGUAGACGACAUCCAGCUUCCAGUUCAUGCCACAUCCUAAAGCCACCGGUGUAUCCGGUGUCUGACUGGGCCUCUGGUGGUUCUGCAGAGGUUCUGGAAUCAUUCCACUCCACUUUAAGUCGAAGCCAAUCUGCACAUGGAUCAGCUGAAUCGUUCCGUCUGGGUUCAAACUGAGGUUUCAGUUAGAGAAGUGUGAACUCAACUCCAGAAUAAUCAAUGUGUUUCACUUUAGCAGAAUAUUAUUCUGUUGCCUCCGUGACGCUGGAAAUAAACUCUGACACGCGAAACACUUGAUUAAAGUUUGGUUAAUAUUUUUCAGCCAGUAGGGGCAGAAGUCUAGUUAUGUUAUGUAUGAAGGAAAAUUUCUACAUUGUGGAUACUUGCUGUUUUAGUUUUGGUUCCUCUUCACCUUUGUGAGGAACCACACUCACUGUAAUUGUCUCUGGCCGGAGCCGAGACAAAGAAACCAAAAGCAGAGGUUGUUUGCAGGCGGAGGUUUCAUGAGGGCGGAUCAACAGCAGCUCUGAGCCAAGAGAUGAGUCACUCAGGGAUCGACAAUGAACGUAAAGAAAAACCUCUGCGGCUUCAGGUGUGAGGAAUAAAUGACCCUCGGCUCUAUGUCGGAUAUAGAGUCUAAAAUAAGCAUCACAAUGAGGAUUUGUCCAGAAGUUAUCAGGUUUACACAACACUGUGGUUUACACAUGAGGUGACAACAACUUUCAUAAGAGUGUUUUUUCCCCCUCCGGUGGUUUGAUGCCGGAGUCGGACCAGCCAAACCCAACCUGGCGGUAAUUGUUGGUGUCGCUCUGUUUUCUCGCUGUUGUCGUCCUGAAUGUGUGAGCGUCGUUUGGUCACAGUAAGGAUUAUUUUUAUCUCCUCUCGCAUGAGAACUGUCACGUCCACAAACACAUUCUGUGCAUCUCAGCGGGUUUAAAACUUCUCCGGUCGCUUUGAGACUUUCACUCUCCAAACGUUUUAUUCAAGUUCAUUAAGUAGGUCUGUAAAGUCUGGAUUUUCAUGACCACAGUUUCGGACCCGGACGUCUUCUUUUGGUUGGACCAGAUUUUGGACCAAACUGAAAAGGUCCGGAACAAACAAGGCAGGUGUGAAUGCGCCCCCAAUCAAGACGCACUCAAUUUCACACACUCAUUAAUAUCAGUCCACUAAAUCUGGUUCUGGAAUUUUUUUCAGCAAAAUCCAUGAAUUACCUGCAAAAUGUUGUAAAAUGUCAAAAAAAGAUUGUAUUUGUCAAAGUCAAACAAAGAGAAAACUACGGGAGCUAAGAACUCAGGUCUCGCCCAUUUGAUUGACAGGCGAUAAUCUGGAGACUACAGUGAAGCGGUGCAGCGUUGAGCGUCGCCUCGUGCGGAUCAGACCUCUCGCUGUUUGACCUCAGUGCCGGAGGUCAGCUGGUGUAUGUGGAAUCUGGCUCUGUUGUGGUUUACAGUGUUUUUAUUCAGCCUGGUUUCUAUUAGCUUCUAUUACAGCAGGAGGGGCGGCGUUCUGCUCGACUGACGGACGGACGGGUAGAGUGACUGGUUGUGUUCCCAUUUAUAUGCUUCAUGUUUGAAACCAUUCCUAAGUUGGAGGCCGUUAAUGUCGAGUGGCAGUGGAAUAAGAAUGUUUUGUCCACAGUUCUGACGUGAGGAUGUAUCACAUGCCCGUAUCGCAUUUUCUCUUUUCUAAUUUGUCAACUUUUCCACCUGAGCCAAACGUAAAAACUUGGAAGUUAGAAAGAUGAUGAACUAAAUGUCUGAAAUAAUUCAUCAGAGAAUUUUCCACUGAGAUGAGUCAUGUGACAGAUCUGGACUGAUCGAACACUUGUGGUCCAUAAGUUGUUCUUGUUGUUGUUAAAUGAAGAAGAGGAAAAACCCAUCGUAGCAACCACCUGCUAAUCCCUGAAGAAUUGCAAAAAAAUCCCCAAGCAAAUUCUUCAAACACUGAAGCCAACCACUUAGCAAACAGGCUACAGUACCUUCCACAUCUUUCACUGAAGCGAAGGAGUAAAGUAUCUCUGGGGUCUUGUUCAUGAGUGAGGGUAGGAUGGAGCGGGAGAUGGCGUGGUGAAGAUAGAUCUGAGCCUAAAGGCAAAGCUUUUGAUUGACCAGUUGAUCUUCACUCGGUCCCUCGUCCAUUGCCAUGAGCUCUGGUUUGAGGCCGAAGAAAGACAUUGCAGAUACAAGUGGCUCAGCUCUCCGUCAAAUAUCAGGUUAGGACCUUCCGGCAUCCUGAAGGAAUUCGGAGAAGAGCUACUGCUCCUAGAGUCAGUUGAGGUCUCUAGGAGAGGCAUCCUUUGGGAGCGGCAGGUCCAACUGGGAGAAGACCCUGGAGGAAGACCCUGAACUCGCUGCUGGGAUUUUACUGUAUCCCAUCUGGUCUGGCAACACCUUGGGAUCCUCCAGGAGGAGCUGGAAAGGACUGUUGGGAGGAGGGACAUCUGGACCUACCACUACCCAACCUUGGACAAAAGGAUGGAUGGGUGAUUGCAUGGAUGGAUGAAUGAUACCUUCCAGAUGGAAAAGAUAUCUCGUUCACCACCUUCUAGCAUCUGAACAACCAUAAAAAUGGCUCAACAAGUAAAGGCAGUCAGCUAGCAACAAGACAUCUUAGCACAAACAUAGGUCCAGGGCUUACUUAGCCUAGCUUAGCAAAAAAAAGGUCCAUCAACGCAGAGAUCAAUCCACCUUCCUUCCGCCAGAUCUACAGACCAUGAUCACACAUGGUUGCAUUCAAGUCCAGUCAGUCACGUGCCUCACAUGUGUGAUUUGCCGUAUGCAGGUGUGAUGUUCACUGGCGUCGCUGCACAAAGUCCUGAACACCUUUUAAUUGACCACAUUGAGGCGGUGGAGGGUUUCUGUGAGGAACUCGACAAACACUUUCGCUCUAUGUAGUCUCAUGUGACCCUGGACGUCGCUUUGGAAUGUGAUGUUGUGGGUUCUUCCAUCAUCGUCAUCCACACACACACAUGAAAUUUGAUGAUGAUGAUGUUGGCGGCGAUGAAGACAGGGCCUAUUGUGUCCUGUGUUUCCAUGGCUCUUUAUGUGCCCUGUGCGCAGGAGGCCCCUGCAGGCGGCCAGCCAUCAUUAUGAAGCCACUUAAAACUCCUCAGAUCAGGCCGACACCUGCUUCUCAUUGGAAACUGCAGUCGCUGCUGCCUUGUAUUCCUGAAAGGGAAGUGCAGAGCGCUGCGAUAAAGUCAGCCUGCCUUUGAUCUUUAUACAAAGGUCAUAAAAAAAGCAGCUCUUGUUCAGCUGGAUCACUUUUUCCUUUCACAGUGGAGGAAUCGCUUAAAGUGCGCACACGUGUUGGUGCGGUGCGCUACCUGCUACCCUGCCUGGCUGCCGACAGCUACUGGAGGAAACCUGCGAUACCUGCCGAUGUUCUCAGCAACUUUCGUCUCAAAGCCGUAUAUUUACAUUUCUAGUAAUGUUCGCUUUAUCUCAUAUAAGGACCCAGAGAACGUUACGUCCAAGCUAAGUUUCUGUUCCACCGGCUUCUGGAGCUGCACGUCGUUCAUCGAUCUCUCUGAAAUAAGGAGGUUUGUUCCUGGAGUUUCCAUCUUCUGAGACAAACAGCUGUCAACUGCAACAGCUGCCGUAAGAAGAUUUAAACAAAGUUGACCAACAGAUUGUUUGCGAGCACAGGAAAAACUACAACUCCCAUCAAGAAACUAUAAGUUCCUAAACUGUCCCAACUCGUCCAUAUCCAUACAAAUUGCCAACAUUGUCUUAUUGUUGUUUCACCUUUGCGUCUCUGUGCUGCUGUCAUGGUUACGUCUGAGUUAACCGCGACCUGUCGAACUCUUCUGUUUCCAGAGAAACAUGACUGAGGGAUAAAUACACUCAGCUAUGAUAGGCAACAUCAGGCAACUGCAUUUCCUCUAAUGGCCACAAGACGUCGACAUUGAGAAUCUCUGACCGUAUUGGUUAAUAGGAAAUAUCCUUGUGUUCUCUCAAUAAGGGCAACAGACGAUGAUCGGGCCUUGAGAGUACGGUGGCCCUGAGGGUCAAAACACAACACUGCCGAAAACGCAUCCACAUUUUACAAAACAAAAGUGAAAAAUACAAUUUUUGCAAUUAGGAGAAACGAUGCUGAUCUGCGACCAGGGACAUGGUGUCCGUCCAAUCACAAAGAAGAACCACCUCUAUAAUCUGGAAUGAUCUUUUUCAGUGGUGUCCCCAGCUGGUGAUGUCGACUGAGGCCUCAUGACCGCGGCGGAAACCGUCAACCAGGCAGAGAUUCUGUAGCACAAACAAGAUCUGCUCCACCGUCACCGUCAUCUCAGAGUUCCUGCAGCAGCAAAACAGGCGCCACAAGUUUGAUUUCUCAUGUUCACGCGUGUAUCUAAUAAGAAUACGAAGCUACGGAGCGAUCGAUAAUAUUGAUCGGUGUUCGUCUUGCAGGUCGAGUUAUUGUCCACAGACGUUUUAAUCGACAUCGCCAGACUCGAUGAAUUAUGAUAUAAAGCAAGAAAGUUUUCUGCACGAGGCUCGCGCGCAGGACGCGGCCGGUGCCGACGACGCGCCGGGGCCGGGGUUGACAUGGCAACACAACGGGCAGGUCUUCAGCAUCCUGAGCCGCGGGGCUCGGUACCGGCCCGCCAGCAGGAGGCAGACCGGGUCGCCGGUGGUGGUCGUCGGCAGCAGCCGGGGGAAUGACUCGGCCUCCGCCGCAGCGGCGCGGCCCCGCAGCGGCCCGCGGGUCCCCGCCGCCAGCGGCACCGCGCAAUUACGCGCGAUGACGCGUCGGCAGCAGCAGCCGCCGCCCGGAGGCGACAUGAUGGUCGGAGAUGACCCGUACAACCCGUACAAGGCCUCCAACUAUUAUCCUUAUUAUAACUACUACAACUCCUACUACAGACCCAGACCACAGACGCAGCACCGACACGGAUACGGAACCAGCUUCCACCAGCACGGUCUCCCUGACCUGGUUCCUGAUCCCACCUACAUCCAGAUCGCCACCUACGUCCAGAGGAUGCCCAUGUACAACCUGCGCUGCGCUGCGGAGGAGAACUGCCUCGCCUCUUCGGCCACAUACUCCCGGGACUACGACACCAGAGUUCUGUUGCGGUUCCCUCAGCGGGUGAAGAACCAGGGAACGGCCGACUUCCUGCCCAGUAAACCUCGAUACUCCUGGCAGUGGCACAGCUGCCACAAUCACUUCCACAGUAUGGACGAGUUCAGCCUGUACGAGCUGCUGGACGUCCAGACGCAGACGGCGGUCGCCGAGGGUCACAAGGCCAGUUUCUGUCUGGAGGACACGUCCUGCGACCCGGGGUACUACCGCCGCUUCGCCUGCACCUCACACACUCAGGGUUUGAGUCCAGGCUGUUACGACACGUACAACGCAGACAUCGACUGUCAGUGGAUCGACGUCACGGACGUCUCACCUGGAAAAUACGUCCUGAAGGUGACAGUCAACCCUCGGCAGCAGGUUCCAGAGUCCAACUACAACAACAACGUGGUUCGCUGCGACGUCCAGUUCACCGGCACCGCCGCUCACGUGUCCGGCUGCACCACCACGUCCCACUGAGAUGAACGACGUUCCUGAAGGAGACGGAGGAUGUGGGCGGAGCUUCACGCGACUGGAUAUCAACACUAGACUUUAUUUACAUGUUAAUAAUUCAAUCAUAACCAGAUUAAAGCAAAAAUGAAAAUAAAAACCUGUCAAAUAAAA